GUUGCAGAGAAGAGUCUGAAAGCUCAUGGAUUCAGUUUGCAUGUUAAGCCACUGCAUUCCAACUGAUUUGAUGGGCAAAACAGUUUUAAGUCGCCGUUCUCCAUUCAAGGUCCAUCAAGCUUUGUGGAACCCAAGUAUUGAUUUGUUAACUUUAGCUUCGCAAAAGGGUGAAGUAUGCGUACGACGUUUGCAUUGGAGACAUGGAUGGAAGAGAGAUAUCUAUGAUAUCAAACCACUCUUAUUGGAUCGAGUCAAAUCGGAAGGUGAAAUUCGGUUGGAAACGAUGUGUUGGAGUCCUGAUGGCAAGGUCCUUGCGACAGCUUUUAGUGAUGGUUGUAUUCAUCUGCUGGAUGCUGAGAAGGGAAUCGUUAGAUUUACUGUCAGAAUGAAAACUCGUGUGACGCGGAUGAGAUGGCAAAGAUUCCAUCAAAAAUUGAACAUGAACUUAAUAAGUGAGGACGCACUUUCCGGCGCACUUGGUGACUUGUCAGAAAGCGAAAGUUUGAAUGACAAAUCCGAAGAAUUGAAUCAGCUGAAAGCGAUGAAGGCGUUCUGUGACAACAGCAAUCUCAGUGUUCUUGGAACGUUAUUGUUCGCGCUUAAUUUAGACAAUGCUGUAAUUGUUUUGGCGGCGGGUGUCCUUCCUAUUGCUUCGAUCGAACCACCGCUCCAUUUCCUAGGAAACUGCGACCCGUAUUCGAUAACAGUGGGUGAUAUGUUUUUUUCAUCCAAGCGAAAUCAGUUGAUGGUGGUAUAUUCGAGUAUGGGUCAGCUCAACUCAGCAAAUAGUCCAGGAAUAAAUACUCAGGUGAUUGGUUUCGAUAUCGACAAUUUAGGUUUUCUAAAAAACGGCCUAAUAUGGACCAUUGCAAGCAGAUGGCUGAAAUUAGUUUUCUAUGUAUGCUUUGUUUCUGAAGCAUUUACCCGAACAAUUAUCGAUUGGGAGGAUCAAUCGAAGGAAUUCAAUCAAAAAUUCAAUUUUUUUGGUGAAGAAAAUGCUUCGAAUUAUAAUCUUGGAGAGUGUUUUAUCAAUAUGAUCUUGACGGGGCAAGCAAGUCCAGAGCUGGUGAAUUUUUAUCGUAACGUACUAAAACCAACGGAGUGGAAGAAAAUGACUGAUUGGGCAAACAAAGGUUUCGGUGAUAUAAUGGGAAGCAUCGGCAGAGAACUCCUUCCUGGUGCGGAAGCAUUGCAGCACAACAUGAAACAGCUAUUUAUCGAGGUGCGAUGUGCGUUGCAUAGUUCUAGAACUGAAAAACUUUUUCCGAAACGUCUCUUUGAUGUUGAUGUAUAUCCUUAUGGCAAGUAUGCUGAAGAAAGUGAUGAAGAAGCUUCUUUGAAAGAACUUAGAGGUUUCCAGAAUCUGGCGGAAGAUAUUACCAAUAAAAUUAACGAAAUGCAUUUGGUGGCUACACGUAACAGAAAGGAUUUGGUCAAUUUCAUUAGUUGGUUAUCACAGACGCCACCAUUUACGGCAAAGAACAAACGUUCCGCUACAGAACUGAAAUUUGAUUUACAGUUGAUUAUUGAAUACAUUAGGCAAGCAACCUGUGCGAGAAACGGAAAUGCAGCGGGACGAAUUGAAUUUAUGACCGAUACUUUUCAGAACUAUUCGUUUGACAAAGUCCUUCAGUAUUUUGGUCGUCAAAAACCCCUAAAGUAUCGUCUGGAUGUGCGGAGCAAUGCCUGGAAUAUGUUAUGUGAGCAACAGUCUUCGAGAACUUUAGCCGAUAGUAUUACGAGUUGUUUUGAUGUUUUACAAACCAUACAAGAUAUAUUUCUGAAAAACUUCACUGCAACAGUUGUAGCGCAGACAAAUUCAGUAUUGGAACGAAGUCAUCCAGAAGGUUUUGAAAAGUUUGCAAUAUUUUUCCCUCAUGAUACUGCAUCCGAGUGCUGCACAUAUGAUGAGCAAAAGUGGUUGUUAACGACAGCCGAUGAGCCAUUUGCAGUAUCUUGCAUUGGCGUUAAUGGUUCUCGUCAUGUAAUUUAUGGAGCUUCAAGCAAAGUGCUUUACGAAAUGUACUACUCGAAACAGUGUGGAAAAAAUGUUACUGGCUUUAGCGGCAUUAUGAAACAGAAUUCACCAAAAUAUUCGAGUAAUCGUAGCUUCCAAGUGGAAGUUGAUAACAUUAAAUUCCCUUCAGAUGAACAGCAAUCACAAAAGUUUGAAAAAAGUGCGAAAGGAAUUGAUAAUGUUAUGCCCAAAUCGCCAACUUCAGCAAAGCUAUCGAGGAUUGAAAAUUCUUCCAUUUCAUCAAAAAAAUGCAGAAAUGUGUCUUCAGUUAGUCGUCAACUGAUGCAUUUCGAAUGGUAUGGUAAUGGCAGUUUUUAUGGAUUAUUGAAAAUUUCUAAAGCCGGCAUGGAGGAGACGAUACUUUUCAGGAGCUGCCUUUUCGACAACACAAGUUAUUUGCAUGAGGAUGCCUCAGGUUGCACGGAGUCUUACGUGUCAUUUACUCUUUCGUUUCAUCGGAAAUCGGGUGUUAUCUUCACAGAGAAUGGGUUUCGGGCAAAAUGGUUCGAAAUUAAGAUUCCUCUGCAAACAAUUCCAAUUCCUAGCCAAAAGCAGUUACGAAGUGCUAUUUAUCGAAACAGUGAGAUGAAAUGUAUAAUUACUGAAGCUAUGGAUGUAACUGAACAAUUGCAAGUUGAAGAAGGGUUGGUUGUCGGUGAGUAAAUUAUAUAGCUUAUAGGAAUUCCAUUUCUUAGCAAUUCUUCGUCAGCAGUAUCCAUCAAUACUUAGUGAGAUGUGAAGUUUUGAGCGGUAAGCCGUUUUCUUUUAACACAAUACCAACUUUUGGUAAGUGUGGAAUUGGAGUUUCUUGAGGCUUCACGAAACAGAAGUCAUGGUCAACUGGAAAUAUACGAAUUAAAGGCUAACUUAACAUUAAAAGAAGUGCAC